AUGAAGCAAAAAAUUAAGCCACUGUUAUUUAUUAAAAUUGUUACAUUUAUUAUUUUAAGUUGGAUAUAUCAAUUUGACGUUUAUUUGAGUAUGCAUAACAAAUCAUUGAAUGAAUGCUAUAGUCAUCGUAGAAAAAUGUAUACAACAAAUUAUCGUUUAUUGGCAAAAUAUAAGCAGGAUAGAGAUUUAAGUUUUUUCUGUUUAAAAGAAGAUUCUCCAAAUGGCGUGAACUAUAAAGAAGAUAUAUCUAGUAAUGAAGAAGGUGAAGUAGGAAAAAAGAAACACAUAAAUGGAAGUUUAUCAACAAAUGCAAGACGCAAUAAAAAAAGUCUGAAAAAUAAAUCUUGUAUAUUUGAAACAAAAAAAUAUUCCCAUUUAGAAAAGAAAAUAUUCAAGGAACUUGAUUACGUAGAUUUUCUUAAAAGCAACAGGACAAUUAGUGAUAAGAUUUACAAAAAAAUAUUGCUUAAAAAAUGCGGAUUACGAAUAGCUUUACCUUUAUUGCUGUUUUUGGUAUUAGCAGUAUCAUUCAUAUUAGAUAAUUUUUGUGGAUGUGGGCUUUCGCGUGGUUUGUUUAAAUUAAUAAUUCUUCUUUCACCUUCCGUAUCUGUUCAAAGUCUUGAAAGUAAUCCAUUUUUUUCUCAUAUUACAGAUAUUAAAAAAUUAUCAGAUGUGUUUGAAAAUAAAGGAGAUAUUUCUUCCGCCUUUGCAUACUUAUAUGCCUUUUUGACGAAACCAUCUUUAAAUCCGUUCACAAAAGUUUUGUCAAAUACCUCAGGUAAGAUGAGAAACUAUUGUGUAUCCGGUUUUUUGGGAUUUCUUAUAUAUUUUGUGCCUAUCUUCAUAUUAAGUAUAAUUCUUAUAUCAGGACUUAUUUAUUAUCAUAAAAAAGUUAAAAAAUAUGAAAAAAUUAAAUUCAUGAAAAGGUAA